GGUAGAAUUAAUAUUACGUAGGCUAAAUAAUAAUGUCAUUACAAAUAGAUAACAAUACUAUUUUUAAAAUUGGAGAAUCACUUCGUGAUGUAAAUAAACCUUUGAAAGAUCGAUUUCGGAACCUAUUUACGCUUAAAAAUAUUAACAAUGAACAAGCAAUUAGUGAAAUUGCAAAAUCUUUUAAGGAUUCCUCAGCUUUAUUUAAGCACGAAUUAGCUUAUUGUUUGGGACAAAUGAAGAAUGCGCUUGCUAUUCCUAUUCUUACCGAAGUGUUGAGCGAUGAAUCGCAGGAAGCUAUUGUACGCCACGAAGCAGCAGAAGCGAUUGGCGCUAUUGGUUUAUUUACGUCGUUGCCCUUACUCGAAACUUAUAGAGAUCAUAAAAUUGUUGAAAUCGCUGAAACUUGUGAUAUUGCAAUUGAUAGAAUUAAGUGGCUUCAAACUCAGCAGAGCGAGCCUUCAAAUUCAUAUCACUCAGUCGAUCCUGCUCCACCGAUGGAAAUCAAAUCAACAUCUGAGUUGGCAGACAUUUUAUUAAAUGAAAAAAAGAAAUUAUUUGAGAGGUAUAGUGCAAUGUUUUCAUUAAGGGAUAAAGGCGGUGAUUCAGAAGUAUUAGCACUAUGUAAAGGACUCAAGUGUAAAAGUGCUUUGUUUCGACAUGAAAUCGCUUUUGUUCUUGGUCAAAUGGCUCACCCAUUAUCUAUAGAUUCUCUAAAAGAAACUCUCGAAAAUAAGCAAGAACAUGGAAUGGUACGCCAUGAGUGCGCCGAAGCUCUAGGUGCUAUUGCGACUUCAGAAUGUUUUGAAAUUUUAAACAAAUAUUUGCAAGAUGACGAAAGAGUUGUCCGAGAAAGUUGUGAUAUUGCUCUGGACAUGUAUGACUAUGAAAACUCUGACCAGUUUCAAUAUGCUGAUGGACUCUCCAAACAUGUUUAACUUUUUUGUUGUUGUUUAGAGAAUAUUGUGUUGUAUUA